AUGGGAGUGCCAGCGUUUUACCGGUGGCUCGCGGAUCGGUACCCGCUCUCGAUCGUCGACGUUGUGGAGGAGGACACCGCCGGCGGCGACGGCACUGUUGAUGUUUCUAAACCUAAUCCUAAUGGCAUGGAGUUCGACAACUUGUACUUGGACAUGAACGGCAUCAUUCAUCCCUGUUUUCAUCCUGACGGCAAGCCGGCACCUGCUACCUAUGAAGAUGUAUUCAAAAUAAUGUUUGACUACAUUGACCAUCUAUUUUCAUUGGUUCGCCCAAGGAAGCUUCUUUAUCUCGCAAUUGACGGUGUUGCACCAAGAGCCAAAAUGAACCAGCAACGAUCACGGCGUUUCCGAGCUGCAAAAGAUGCAGCUGAGGCUGAAGCUGAAAAGGAAAGACUCAGGGAAGAAUUUGAGGGUGAGAUGGAACUCUUGUCUUCUAAAGACAAGCCUGAGACCUAUGACUCAAAUGUCAUUACCCCUGGCACUCCUUUUAUGGCAGUGUUGUCAGUGGCUCUUCAGUAUUAUAUACAGACUAGAUUAAAUUACAACCCUGGCUGGAUAAAUACAAAGGUUAUACUUUCUGAUUCAAAUGUUCCUGGUGAGGGAGAACAUAAAAUAAUGGAAUACAUACGAUCACAACGUAACCUUCCUGGAUUUAAUCCAAAUACUCGUCACUGUUUGUAUGGAUUGGAUGCUGAUUUGAUUAUGUUGGCCUUAGCCACACAUGAGGUUCAUUUCUGCAUAUUGAGGGAGGUAAUUACUUUCCCUGGACAACAGGACAAGUGCUAUCAGUGUGGGCAAGUUGGUCAUUUUGCAGCUGAUUGUCGUGGUAAGCCAGGUGAGAAAGCUGAGGACUGGAAUCCAGUUGAUGAUACCCCAGUUCACAAGAAGAAAUAUCAGUUUCUUAACAUCUGGGUGCUGCGUGAAUAUUUGCAAUAUGAAAUGGAGAUCCCCAACCCUCCUUUUGAGAUUGACUUUGAACGCAUAGUGGAUGAUUUUGUAUUUCUAUGCUUCUUUGUUGGCAAUGACUUUCUUCCGCACAUGCCAACAUUAGAAAUACGUGAGGGGGCUGUCAACUUGUUGAUGCAUAUUUAUAGAAAGGAAUUCACUGCCAUGGGUGGUUAUCUUACUGAAGGGGGUGAGGUUUUCUUAGAGAGAGUGGAACAUUUUAUUCAGUCUGUUGCUGUUCAUGAAGAUCAAAUAUUUCAGAAACGAGUUCGCAUUCAACAGGCUACAGAAAUUAAUGAAGAGAUGAGAGCUAGGGCAAGAGGAGAAAUGCCUGAAGAACCACGAGCAUCUGUUUCGGACAAGGUUAAGUUAGGGGAGCCUGGAUACAAGGAAAGGUAUUAUGCAGAAAAAUUUGGUGCUUUGGAUCUGGAGGAGACCGACAAAAUAAAAAAAGAUACAGUCUUGAAAUAUGUAGAAGGCCUUUGUUGGGUUUGUCGGUAUUACUACCAGGGUGUCUGCUCAUGGCAAUGGUACUACCCAUACCAUUAUGCUCCUUUUGCUUCUGAUCUUAAAGAUCUAGCUGAUCUGGAGAUAACUUUUUUUUUGGGAGAACCAUUUAAGCCAUUUGAUCAACUAAUGGGGACCCUACCUGCAUCAAGUUCAAGUGCACUGCCUGAAAAGUACAGGGAUUUGAUGACUGAUCCUUCAUCACCUAUUCUUGAAUUUUACCCUGCUGACUUUGAGAUUGAUAUGAAUGGCAAACGAUUUGCAUGGCAGGGCGUUGCCAAGUUGCCAUUCAUUGAUGAGAAAAAAUUGCUCUCUGCCACUAGCAAACUUGAAGGCACAUUAACGGUGGAGGAACAGCUCCGAAAUAGUAAGAUGCUUGAUUUGCUUUAUGUCAACAGAGCGCAUAAUUUGGCUCCGUUUAUCUUAUCGUACUACCAAUAUUCUUGUCAAUUCUCUCUGCAUGACAGACCUGCUGUACCGAUUGACCCAAGUGCUAGUGAUGGUAUGAAUGGACACGUCUGGUUGUAUGAAAGAAAUGUGCUCAGAACCGUUGUAUCCUCUCCCAUCAAGGGAUUGCAAGACAUUGAGUUUAAUCAAGUUUUAAAUAUUACCUAUCUUAAUCCUCGUAAACAUAGACAUAUUCCAAGACCUCCCAAUGGUGUACAAAUGCCCAAAAAGAUAUUAAAAGCCAUUGAUAUUAAACCUUUUCCUGUAUUAUGGCACGAAGAUAAUAGUGGUCGGCGUCAUGGCAGAGAAAGACCGCAACUACACGGAGCAAUGGCUGGGCCUCAACUGGGAGAAGCAGCACAUCGUCUUGUGAAGAACACCCUUAAUAUUAAGCCAAAUAACGCAACAUACGGAUUCACAGAGCCGCUUCCAGGCCAUCAUGCAAUGAACCGGGUGCUUAGAUCACCAGGACCCUCUGGACCUGGUAGAUAUUAUGCCGAGGACACAAGUGGUUAUUACGGACAUCAUUACAAUCACCAGGGGAUGAUGCCUAGGCCUAGAUAUCCAGUCUCGUCCAAUGGUGGACACAGUGACAAACAGAAUUUUAGGAUACAGGAUAGGUCACAGCAUCAUGAACAGCAUUACUACAACGGGAGAACUGGGUUCCAUACUUUCACAAUGGAGGAUGGCCCAAGACCAAGACCAUAUGCGGUACCUCCACCAAAGACUCCUGUGGUAAUGUUAUCAAGGCCACCCAAUUCAGGACCAACAACUAAUCUGCAACAGCAAUUUGUGGGUCCUCCUAUUCCACCUCCAAAUUGGAUUACUAGAGCACCUGAUACCAACGGAAUAUAUGCUAGGCAUCAAGAAGUUGCAAUUGGUGGAGCUUAUGAUAAUAAGCACAUGAAGAAGGUGUACCAAGUUAGAAGUCGGCAACCCCAAGAUAUGCCAGAGCACGGGAAUCAAUAGUGAUUGUUGUGGAGUUUAUUUGCCUUGUCACCGAAGUGCCCUCUUCUAUUCCUUGGGUUGUUCCUCAAAUUGGUACUCAUCCGUUCAACAAUGCCAUAGUACGGAAAUCAUUUGCCAUCGAAAUGCAAUGCGAUAGGCUUACAAUUGCUUAUCAAAGCUUUGGAUAGCACUUAAAUAAUUUUCUGCUGUGAAGGUGCUGCAGCCUGCAAAGAAUUUUGUUCUGGCUUCACUAGACACGGGCAGUUGGAAAGGUGGGAGUGCUAUAGUAUAUUCACAAUGUUCUUGCUUUUCAAGUUCUAAACAAAUACUAAAAAAUAUUGUAUAAACUUGUAAUUGCUGUGUAGGGUAGCAUGUAUAAAUCCAGCUGCGCUCAGUGGCACUUGUAUUAUCAUGUACUACACCCAACUUUAAUAGACAAUCGUAAAUUUGUAGUUGAAAAAUUA